UAUCAUCCGGGGUUAAUUUGAAGCAGUAUGCGAAUCGUCUGGAUGUACAGAUGGAGACUGGAGAGCGCCUAAGCCAUUGUCAGUACAGCUGGACUGCAGAGGUGAAGUGGGCGUGCCACGCAGCAUUCAGGAUCCUCAACCUUCAUUGGAAUGGCAAAAUAAAUAAUAACACAAUUCUGUUCUUAUGAAGUUAGUCCGUUUAUUCAUCAGCAACAUUUAAGGUUUUUGGCUGUUUCAACGCUUUCCAAUGAAUUGCACAAGGAUCCUACACAUGUUGGACACCAGGCCGAUGCCAGGUCCCAUCAUGCCAGUAGAUGUAGCCAUGAGGAUCUGCCUGGCAAGCUCUCCGCCCCUCCGCAGCUUCUUCAGCACGUACGAGGACUGCCGAUCGCGAAACCUGGCCAACUGCUACAAACCACUGAGGCCGUGCAUCAGCUCCAAGCAGGAGGCAGAGGCCUCCAGCCUGGGAUGGAAGAGUCCCAAGGCCAGCGGGAAGAAGCGGGUGGUCUUUGCCGAUUCAAAAGGCAUGUCCCUAACGGCCAUCCACGUCUUCAAGGAGUUUGAGGAGGACCCACUGUCUGACCUGCAAUUUGACCUGUCGGACCUGGCCAAUGCCACCACCGGCCUGAAGGUCUCCAUAGAGAAAAGUUUCACUCUGGACUUCCCUCAGCCUGCUGCAGAUUAUCUUGACUUCAGGAACCGGCUUAAGAAGAACCAAGUGUGUCUGGAGAACUGCACGCUCCAGGAACGGUCACUCACUGGCACUGUGAAAGUGAGGAAUGUAAGCUUUGAGAAACUGGUUUCCAUACGGAUGACAUUUGACUCAUGGGAAACACACACGGACGUUGCAUGUACGUACCUGAACAAUGUGUACGGUUGUUUGGACACUGACACCUUCGCUUUCACCAUCGACCUGCCAAGUUCUGUGCCCUCACAGGAGCGUGUAGAGUUCUGCAUAUGCUUCACUACCCAGGAUCAGACGUACUGGGACAACAACGAUGAGAAGAACUACAAGUUGCUCCACAACGACACAGACCCUGACCAGACCAGCAAUCCCAUCAUCCAGACCACCGCACCAGUUGAGUUCCAGAGAGACGGCAAGACGCCGGAGAUGGAGUUUGACCAGUUCGGGAGCCCGAGAACGUCCAGUGGAUUCUUCCCUGAAUGGCAGAGCCGGGGACGCAUAGAGACCACGGCCCCAUACUGGUGAAGCAACAACAGGGCCUUUAUGAGAAAUCCACAAGAUGCUCUCAUAACAUCAAUUCCAUUUGAGCGAUAGCAGAACAUUUAACUGUGAGUUCAUAUGAGAGUGCCGGCUGACCCCCCCCCCAACAAUGAAGAUAUAACCACAAUCUGAACCGUUAAGAUGACUCGCGCGUCAACAGUUGCGGUCAUUGUGGGGACCUAAGAAUGGACAUCUUUGUUUUUGUCACUGCAGUGAAAAGGUUCAGAAUGUGCUGUCUCUUCAUGUUUUGUGGGUAUAUGUGAAGAAACAGAAAUCUAUAAACAACCAUUUGAUCCUGUUGUUGUCAUCCAGUUAACCCCCUAAUCAUUGUGUACCUGUACACAACAUAAAGCAUUGUGGUAAUAUGCCAUCAUAGCCACACAAAUAUUAUGAUUUAAAUUGCCUAGAAUUAAUUACAAAUUGCAAAGGGCAUUAAAGGCUCAGAUAUAAUAGUGUACUCAAUUUAUGCAGUGAACUAAAGCAUUUUAUAGAUUUGGAAAUGUGUUAAAUUAUGAUUUGUCGUAACAUAGAUGCCUUCCUCUGUGAUGUUACUUUGAUUGUCCGAUAAGCAGUUUGUAAUACAAUGGCGUUACUUCACCACCUGUAUACACAGUGAGUAAAGCAGUUUGUAAUACAAUGGCGUUACUUCACCACCUGUAUACACAGUGAGUAAAGCAGUUUGUAAUACAAUGGCGUUACUUCACCACCUGUAUACACAGUGAGUAAAGCUGUUUGUAAUACAAUGGCGUUACUUCACCACCUGUAUACACAGUGAGUAAAGCAGUUUGUAAUACAAUGGCGUUACUUCACCACCUGUAUACACAGUGAGUAAAGCUGUUUUCAAAAACAGAAAGACCACUCCAAAUUUGGGAGCCUGCACUUUAAUUCAUAUUUUUAGCAUUUAGGUUUAGCAUUUUGUACAUGGAGUGCUGUUUUGGUGAGUUUACAGUAUAUCAGCAUAAUUAGCUUUACUUGCCCUAUAAUAGCUGGAACUAUUCCUUGGUGUUAGAUGUACGGCAAGCCACCAGAAUAUCAGUACAAUGUAAGUAAGUCACCCGAAUGUUGCCAGACAUUGUUGCCAGAGCACACAACUUUGCACUGACCGAAAUAUGGUAUGCCUUUAACAUGUGAAAGAAUAAGAAGUUGAAAGUGGAAUCAUUUGGUACAACAUAAAGUACUUCAUAUUGAAGUUGUCUAAAAUGCCAUGGUACCAUUUGAUUGAAGACUUUCAGGUGAAAAAAAAUGAAAAGCAAUACAGGUAAAUAUGCAUGACGAUACCCCAGCAUAUUAUCAAUUAGGUGUAGGCCUAAAAUGGAGCACCUCCCUUUUUUCACUUAGCAAUUUUUCCUACCUCCAUGGUAUUUGUGAAAAUCCUUCACAUGCAAACACAUUCAAUGUGCUCUUCCUAACCUGCUCUUCAAAAUGUUUGCUGCUACUGUACGAAUGUGCUGUUCUAUCUUCAAUGUGUUUCGUGGACCCAUGCUAUGUGAAUUCUCUCCUAUGGGUAAGAAAAAGGGGGGAGAGAGUGAGGGGCAGUGGGGAUGUUAUUUAAGGAAUGUAUGAGUAAGUAAGGGAAGUGCUUAAAAGGGAAAUGAAUGGAAAAUAGGUCCGUGUUCGAGGGCUAUGCUUGGGACUGAGGCUUCAGUGUUUACCAGACAUUGGUGAACACUGUUAGCUACUUUGUUUCUGAAAUGGAAAUACGGCCGAAUGUAAAGGGCUAUGACUCAAGCCGUGGUGUCUAACCACCAGCAUGGUUUUUUUCUACUGCAAGGAAAGGUCUCUGUGUGUGAGAAAUGGUUUACUGUUUUCUGUGUUCCUUUUAGAAAUAAAAACAAAUCUAAUGUUUAUAAGG